AUGCCGAAUAACACAUCCUCCCCAGUCAAGCGCCCCGGUCUCGGCCGUCGCGCCGUCUCCUCGCAUGCGGUCGUCACGCGGGCGAACUCCAACCUGGAACUGUCAGAGUCUCACAGCUCCAAAGCCCCCGUGCAUCAUAAAGCCCACCGCGCCCAUGUCGUGGGUGGUGGCCGCAACCAUCAUCGCAACCCAUCUUUCGGCAAGAACCUCAAUAAACUGCAGCGCUUCCAGCUAGGCCCCGAGCCGACAGGCCGUCACCACCAGCGCAAGAAGUCCGCUCCAGCCACACCGGUCGGUAGCCCCAAAGGUUCCACACAUGUGCGCUGGGAUGCCGAGACCGUGGACGGCCACCCUAAAAACCAUUCCAUGAAGAGAAAUAACUCUACGCCAGUCCUUCAACGCAAUAAUUCGGGCUUUGGAAAGAAGACCUUGAUUACAGACCGCCCGCUCUCGAGCGCUGGCAAGAAGAAGUCGGUCGGCUUUGAGUUAGGUGAUGAUGAGACCGACGAAGCUGAAUGGGAAGAUACCACACAGUCGCCUGAGAGCACGAGGCGCAACUCAGUCGUGCCCUCCAACCACAGCGCCGAUAACGCUGCAGUUCUCGUUGAUCCCCUCACCUUUGUGAAGCGUCCGUACCCGCAAGUCCCUCGAGCUACAAGUCUUCCGGAUUCGGUUAUCAAUAAGUUUAUACGCAAGGACCCCGAGGAAGACGAGGAGGAAGAAAACGACUCGGACGUGACACCCGAGCAAGAGCCGGCUGGUGAUCAGGGUGACAUUGCCAACCGCCUCCUCAGCCCCUCGCAUUCAGCCAAAGCUCCCCCUGCCAUGUCUUCCAUAUCUGCCAUGGGUGAACAUAAGCCAGCCGUUCCGGAUUCUGCGUCGCGCAGCGCCUCAUUUAAGCUGGCUGGUGGCCAGGAUGGAACUCGGCGCACUUUCUCUACCUCAAACCUUGGUCUCGCCAACAUGCCCGGUAGCCAGCCCCAGGCCACUUCAUCCUCCAUGGAAGGCGGCGUCUCAAGGUUCAUUGUGAACACCAAGGCCGGCCAGGCCUCUUCACGAACAGAUUCAGACCCGAACACUCCGUCUUCAUUCCUACCUCACUAUCAUCCGCAAACACCUCCGUCUCCCGGUCGCGUUGCUGGGAAGUCUACUGCUUCUCCCGCACGGCCUCGUGGUGGCGCCGACCUGCCAUCGCGAACCCAACAGAAGCUUUGGCUUCAGCGUACAGCUGCCCUCAAUAACUCUCCGCCCGAUGCCCAUGGAGCCUCGACUACUGCGGCUCAAUCUGCCAUGGAUUCAAACUACAUGACCGCUGGACAUAAACGCUCUACCUCCGGAGUCUUCGAUGCCAACAGAGGCAUGACCAGUGCUAGUCGGGUGGGGGGGUCCGGAUUCGACGGCGAGACCCGACACACUCGAAAGGCAUACGAGAAAAUGUCACUCGAACUGAUGGUGGUACGGCGCUUUCAGUCCCCCACGGGCGAUAGUUUCAAUCGGCUUCGCUCAGUCGCUCGAGCAUCCAAGGCUCUCGCAGCCAGCUCCGAGCAAAGUUCGGCGUUGGGAAAGCCGAUCAAAUCAGCCCCUUCGUUACCCCUCCUGCAGCACGGAAGGCGCCCAAGCCGCCUCGGCUCAAGCUCCGAGUUGCCUGAUCCUCAUUCCUCAGCUUCCGAAGAUCCAGCAACCCAGAGUGAAUCCACCGACACCCAGGCAACCAAAUUUGCCCACCCCUCCCACCGCAUCCUUUCUACCUCCGAUGAGGCUGCACAUGGUCUUCAAGGGGACAAUGACCCUGAAGACUAUUCGCCUGUUAGCGACACCGACAUGAUGAUUCGUCGCAUGUGGGAAAGUCGCGAGGUUGCUACCUCGGGCUGA